UCCGGAACUUCCGGAGAGUGGAAAGGAAGACCCAACCCGCAGAAGGGGACACUAUUAAAUAGCGGACAGUUCCCGAAAUUGAUCGACAUGGCGGAGGAGCUGUCUACAGGGGAGAGAGGUGGGGUGUCUAAGUGGGUCCGGCUCAAUGUGGGGGGGACGUGUUUCCUGGCAACCCGACAAACCCUGUGCAGAGACUCCAAAUCCUUCCUGUACCGGCUGUGCCAGGCGGACCCGGAUCUGGACUCUGACAAGGAUGAAACCGGUGCCUAUAUAAUAGAUCGAGACCCCACAUACUUUGGGCCAGUGUUAAACUAUUUGAGACACGGGAAACUGGUGAUAAACAAAAACCUAGCCGAAGAAGGAGUCCUGGAAGAAGCAGAGUUCUACAAUAUCACAUCAUUAAUUAAGCUUAUAAAGGACCGAAUAAGAGAGAGGGACAGUAAAACAUCACAGGUGCCAGUUAAACAUGUUUACAGAGUGCUGCAGUGUCAGGAGGAAGAGCUCACUCAGAUGGUCUCAACAAUGUCUGAUGGCUGGAAGUUUGAGCAGCUGGUCAACAUUGGUUCUUCCUAUAAUUAUGGAAAUGAAGACCAGGCAGAAUUUUUUGUGUGUGGUCUCCAAAGAAUUGCACAAUACCCCAUAUGGCACAACUAGUGAACCAAGUGAAAAGGCAAAGAUUUUACAAGAACGAGGCUCCCGAAUAUGA